AUGUCCAUUCCUCCGCCCCAGGCCCUCCUUCAGCGCGAUGCCACGCCCGUGCCCCGUGCCCAUUCCUCCGCCCCGGGCCCUCCUUCAGCGCGACGCCACGCCCGUGCCCAUUCCUCCGCCCCGGGCCCUCCUUCAGCGCCCCGUGCCCAUUCCUCCGCCCCAGGCCCUCCUUCAGCGCGACGCCACGCCCGUGCCCCGUGCCCAUUCCUCCGCCCCGGGCCCUCCUUCAGCGCCCCGUGCCCAUUCCUCCGCCCAGGGCCCUGCCCGUGCCCAUUCCUCCGCCCCAGGCCCUCCUUCAGCGCGACGCCACGCCCGUGCCCCGUGUCCAUUCCUCCGCCCCAGGCCCUCCUUCAGCGCCACGCCACGCCCGUGCCCAUUCCUCCGCCCCGGGCCCUCCUUCAGCGCCACGCCCUGCCCGUGCCCAUUCCUCCGCCCCAGGCCAUCAGCGCCCCGCCCUGCCCGUGUCCAUUCCUCCGCCCCAGGCCCUCCUUCAGCGCCACGCCACGCCCGUGCCCCGUGUCCAUUCCUCCGCCCCAGGCCCUCCUUCAGCGCCCCGUGUCCAUUCCUCCGCCCAGGGCCCUGCCCGUGCCCAUUCCUCCGCCCCAGGCCCUCCUUCAGCGCGACGCCACGCCCGUGCCCCGUGUCCAUUCCUCCGCCCCAGGCCCUCCUUCAGCGCCACGCCACGCCCGUGCCCAUUCCUCCGCCCCGGGCCCUCCUUCAGCGCGACGCCACGCCCGUGCCCAUUCCUCCGCCCCGGGCCCUCCUUCAGCGCGACGCCACGCCCGUGCCCAUUCCUCCGCCCCGGGCCCUCCUUCAGCGCGACGCCACGCCCGUGCCCCGUGUCCAUUCCUCCGCCCCAGGCCCUCCUUCAGCGCGACGCCACGCCCGUGCCCAUUCCUCCGCCCCGGGCCCUCCUUCAGCGCGACACCCAGCCCGUGCCCCGUGUCCAUUCCUCCGCCCCGGGCCCUCCUUCAGCGCCCCGCCCUGCCCGUGCCCAUUCCUCCGCCCCGGGCCCUCCUUCAGCGCCCCGCCCUGCCCGUGCCCAUUCCUCCGCCCCGGGCCCUCCUUCAGCGCCCCGCCCUGCCCGUGCCCAUUCCUCCGCCCCGGGCCCUCCUUCAGCGCGACGCCCCGCCCAGCCCGUGUCCAUUCCUCCGCCCCGGGCCCUCCUUCAGCGCGACGCCACGCCCGUGCCCCGUGUCCAUUCCUCCGCCCCAGGCCCUCCUUCAGCGCGACGCCACGCCCGUGCCCAUUCCUCCGCCCCGGGCCCUCCUUCAGCGCGACACCCAGCCCGUGCCCCGUGUCCAUUCCUCCGCCCCGGGCCCUCCUUCAGCGCCCCGCCCUGCCCGUGCCCAUUCCUCCGCCCCGGGCCCUCCUUCAGCGCCCCGCCCUGCCCGUGCCCAUUCCUCCGCCCCAGGCCCUCCUUCAGCGCGACGCCCAGCCCGUGCCCCGUGUCCAUUCCUCCGCCCCAGGCCCUCCUUCAGCGCCCCGCCCUGCCCGUGCUCAUUCCUCCGCCCCGGGCCCUCCUUCAGCGCGACGCCCAGCCGGUGCCCAUUCCUCCGCCCCGGGCCCUCCUUCAGCGCGACGCCACGCCCGUGCCCCGUGUCCAUUCCUCCGCCCCAGGCCCUCCUUCAGCGCGACGCCACGCCCGUGCCCAUUCCUCCGCCCCGGGCCCUCCUUCAGCGCCCCGCCCUGCCCGUGCCCAUUCCUCCGCCCCAGGCCCUCCUUCAGCGCGACGCCCAGCCCGUGCCCCUUGUCCAUUCCUCCACCCCGUGCCCUCCUUCAGCGCCCCGCCCUGCCCGUGCCCAUUCCUCCGCCCCGGGCCCUCCUUCAGCGCCCCGCCCUGCCCGUGCCCAUUCCUCCGCCCCGGGCCCUCCUUCAGCGCGACGCCCCGCCCAGCCCGUGUCCAUUCCUCCGCCCCAGGCCCUCCUUCAGCGCGACGCCACGCCCGUGCCCCGUGUCCAUUCCUCCGCCCCAGGCCCUCCUUCAGCGCGACGCCCAGCCCGUGCCCAUUCCUCCGCCCCGGGCCCUCCUUCAGCGCGACGCCACGCCCGUGCCCCGUGUCCAUUCCUCCGCCCCAGGCCCUCCUUCAGCGCGACGCCACGCCCGUGCCCAUUCCUCCGCCCCGGGCCCUCCUUCAGCGCCCCGCCCAGCCCGUGCCCAUUCCUCCGCCCCGGGCCCUCCUUCAGCGCGACGCCACGCCACGCCCGUGCCCAUUCCUCCGCCCCGGGCCCUCCUUCAGCGCGACGCCCAGCCCGUGCCCAUUCCUCCGCCCCGGGCCCUCCUUCAGCGCGACGCCCCGCCCGUGCCCCGUGCCCAUUCCUCCGCCCCGGGCCCUCCUUCAGCGCGACGCCCAGCCCGUGCCCAUUCCUCCGCCCCGGGCCCUCCUUCAGCGCGACGCCACGCCCGUGCCCCGUGUCCAUUCCUCCGCCCCAGGCCCUCCUUCAGCGCCCCGCCCAGCCCGUGCCCAUUCCUCCGCCCCGGGCCCUCCUUCAGCGCGACGCCCAGCCCGUGCCCAUUCCUCCGCCCCGGGCCCUCCUUCAGCGCGACGCCACGCCCGUGCCCCGUGUCCAUUCCUCCGCCCCGGGCCCUCCUUCAGCGCGACGCCCAGCCCGUGCCCCGUGCCCUCAGGCCGGCAGAGACUUCCUCUCUGCCGACCGGCUUCGACACUUCAGAGUUUCAGUUCCCCUUCUCUAG